AUGGCCAUCACCAGAGCGCUUGACGAGCCAAACCUGUCGGGCAAUAUGGACAAGCAGCUUCGUUGGGACCCCACCAAGGGCGCGAUGACAACCACGACAGCGUCAAAGGGGCCAGAAGGUGGCUUCACGCUUGACCACGUCUUUGAGAGGCAGUUCAUCUCCGGGCUUGCCAUAUUCAAGAUGGAAGGGGCGGAUCCUCCUAUCUCGAUUCUGAAUGACAUCCUCUCACUCGCAAAUCUUCCUGGAAACCUGGUUUGGAUUCCCAAAGCGCUGCAUACCAAGAAGAGCAACAUCUUCGGCCGAGCAGCAGGAGAGUUUGACAAGGAAACAUGCAAUUAUCUCAAUGCAUGUCAGGCGUCCUUCAAGCAAUCGCUGGACCAGUUCGACGCCAGUACCAAAGCGGGUAUUGUGAAAGAAGUAGUCAAGGCCAUGAAGGAAACUCACUGGUACACCGGUAAAUGGGAAGAUCUGAUAGAUGAGAGCUGGUUCUAG